AUGGCAACAGCCACGAUGUCCAGCUCGCUGUCUCGAGCCUUUACAAAGCGCACCCAGAAACCCCUCGUGGUUUCAGCACCCAUGCCCUACCGCGAAGGCCAGCUUAAAUUACCAGCAGGUACCAUCAAACGCAACGAGAUCUCUCUGCCCGUGCAAUUGCUCUCAACUACAAACUUGCUUGCAUACACCGCACCUGAUCUCGAGAAACCACGUCACAAGCUCCAAUACCGUGAUCAACACCAGCAACACCAGCAACAAUCGCAGACAACGUCAACAUUGAAGAAAACAUCCGCAUCGUCUGCCAAUUCCUCCUCGUCCUCCUUCCGCUCCGCUGAAGAUUCAGAUGUCACUACGAACUCCUCAGCGGCAUCCGCAUCUUCCUCAUCCUUCGUCCAUACCUCCAGUAAUAGCCCCCUUAUACCCCCUGAAAUGUCUUCGGCAGAAGAACACUCCCCCGUCGUGCCAGAACCAAACCAUCUAUCCGGCUACUUCAGUAAGCCUGCCCGCUCCAGCUCUACCGACGUGGCCCACCGCCACCGCUCUUCCAUGUCCUCGUCAAUCUCCUACGCAACGCCCAAGCUACCACGUAGAUCCCUAUCGCAUACCAAGAAAUUGCAUCAGGAACUCGCGCGCCAGCGCUCAAUAUCACGAAGCAGCAGCAGCACCAGCAGCAGCACCACAGGACCACCGCCAACUUCGCUCACACACUCCCACUCCCACUCCCUCAGCCGCAGCCACAGUCGUAGCAACAGCCACAGCUCCAGCGCCCGCCUAAGCACAGAACGCCUCCGCGCGCUCCCCGAAUCAACCACCCUCCCCCCACCCCCCACCUCCCUAUCAACCCAACAGCACCCCUUCGGCAAGGAACUCGAACAGGUCAACGAAGUCGCGGAGGAGUUUGGGUUUGGGGAUCGUGCGCCUACGACGGUGGCGACGGCGACGGCGAAUGAUGCGAUGUUCCUGGAGGAUGAGAGGGUGCUGGCUUCGAAGGGGCUCCGUAGGUUUGCGGUGGAGGAGUAUGCGGUGGAGGUUGAGGAAGUUUAUCGGGCUAUUUUUGAUGAAGGGUUUGUGGGUGGGGGGGAUGUGUGGAUAUAG